AUGAGAGUAAACGUAGCACCAUCCUCCUCCACCAAUUCCCAGGCAGUUUUUCCGGUUAACCGGAGUUCCAACAUCGCCAUACUUCUUCCAAAUCCUUUUAUUCUACACUGCAAGAAAACUAAAGGGUCCAUAUUUUCUCGCAGGAAAGUCAGAGCUAUUACUACAGGUAGCAGAAUUGUAGGUGCUCAUGUGGACAUGAAGGAAGCAGAGAAAAAGAGAGGUGGUGAAGUGAGAAUAGUGAGUAUUGUUGGAGAAGCUAGUGUUAGUCCUCUUAAGUCUGCUCCUUGGCUUGAUGUUAUGCUUCACACUGUGUAUACAGAUGAGUAGAGGAUAUUGCUAGAAGAUGUUCCAGCUGGAUUGGCGUGCUUCAUUUCCUUCCGGAGUGUUGCCGAGUCAGAGUAUCUAUGUUAUGGUAUAUAGCAUGUUAGAGACUUUGCAGACAGAGUCACGUGUAUAGCAUGUCAGUCUUGUAAGUGGCUCUGCAAGUCGAUGUAUCAUUAUGCAUUAUCUUACAAGUUUCAUAUGAUUAUAGAUUUUACUUGA